AUGGCGGAAGCAUCCGACCUGUUGCCCGAGUACCUUCGGCCUCUAGAAAUACGGAACAUGCUGCGAAAUCCGUCCCAGAGCUCGGUAUCAGAGCCCAGAACAGGCCACAAGUUCAAUGGAGUGAUGAUUUCAGAGAGUCAGAACACCACUUUAGGAGACCAAAUUAAUGUGACGUAUACGAAUGAUCAGGAAGCUAUUCGUAAAGAGGUUUUGAAUUGGUUGUCACCUAGAGCCCUAGAAACCCCAUUUGACCGACUACGUGAAGAUCUCUGCGAAGGAGUCGGGGUCCAGGCAUUGGAGAGACCUGAAUUCUGCAACUGGUACGGAGGUCAUCAGAAGUGGCCCUGGUGCUACGGGAUGCCUGGUGCUGGCAAGACAUCGUUCGCAACCAUUGCCAUUGACCACAUCCAGAAAGCUCAAAGCACACGGCCAGGAAAUAUAGGCCUUGCCCACAUCUAUUUCGACCAUGAAGACGAUAAACAGUCAGCACUAAAGUUCCUCCGGAUGAUACUUCGUCAACUGGUUGAGCUCUCACCAACCAUUUCGGAUGAGGUCAUGUCGUUGUAUAACGACAACAAGUCUGCAAGGCGCCAAUCCAUCCUCAAGUCCCGAGAAUGCAAAGGACUCUUGAGACAAGAAAUGACCCGAUUUGAUACGAUAUAUAUCGUAUUUGAUGCUCUGGACGAGUGCCGGGAUGACGACGAGACUGCGAGUCGAACAGACACACGACAUGACUUGCUCGAUGCGCUUCAUACCCUUGGAGAGAAGUACCAGUUCUUGAUCACUUCAAGAUACGACGCGCCCUCAAGUGCCGGAGUUCGGUUGGAGGAUCCGUUCACAACGAUGCAGAUUUCAGCAACGCACGAAGACAUAUCGGAGUUCAUUCUCGGAGAGGCUUAUCAAGAGGCCUACGAAAAGAUUCUCAAGACUGUCUGGGAACAGGACAAGCAAUCGGCAGGCAUUGCCCAGACUGUGAUCUCAUGGCUCAAGUUCACUCAAGACCCCACCAAGGUCACAUUACCUCUUCUGCAGGGGGCGUUUUCUCUCAAGGCAGGAUUGCAUGUUACUGGCGAGCACACAGGGAUCUCCGAAGAGGACUUGCUUAGGGUUUGUCGGGGAGUCGUGACGAUAGACCGUUUCACUGAGAGAGUUCGCUUCAUUCAUUACACGGCAGACACUGACUUCGAGGAUGAGGCACGAUUGAUGAUGGACAUCCAUUGGUUCGACUUCAAUGACCGACCGGCAAUCAUCUUCCAGGCCGUCAUUGAUUCAUUAAAUUCCGACUGGAAGCCAAAGCCGGGUGGUUACGAAUACGCAGGUCUUGAACCACUUCACAUUGCCGCAUACUUCGGCCUCCAACAGACCGCCAUGAAGUUUCUGGACAGAGGAGAGGACAUUGAAGUGAAGGACUGCCGCGGAUGGACGCCGAUGCAAUGGGCAAUCGUUGGUCGUAGUCGUGACCUCGUUAAAAUGCUUUUCGAGCGCCAUGCAAGUCUUGUUUCUGAGGAUAUACACGGGUUUCCCGCAGUGUUUUGGGCAGUUGGGUCCAGGCUUACGGAAUUCAAGACGCAAUAUAUUUGCCUCUACGAUAAGGCAAGACUCGUGUAUGGCGAGUUCAAGGUCUUGGGGUCGAGACUAUCAUUUUCCGCGGCACUGCCAAGUACCGUGGAGUCGAGAACGAGCACCGAUGUUCUUCACUUUCUCCUCGAAAAUCUGCCGGAUAUAGAUAUCAGAAGAUCUGUUGACGAGCGAACACUAUUGUCAGUUGUGGCAGAGAAUUGGCAGUGGGACGCUCUCGAUAUCCUGUUAAGGCGCAAGCGGAUGUCAACCUGA